GUGCAUGCACACAAAGGCUCAUACCAAUGACAAACGUAGGUGGUCUCUAAGGUGCUACUGUUGAGAAAUAGUGUGCUGCAGCACCCAUUAAGGCUUCAGCAUACCCCAAAGUGGCAAGAAUGGCACUAUGAUUGUGGGAAAUCUGCAGCAUGAGCUACAGUACAUUCCAAAACAUCCAGGAAUUCAGAACUCAAGAAGCCUAUACAAAGCACAUGAGCACCCACCAGAACUUUCUGUUGUUAUCUGCCACUGCUAAAUUUAGACUUGUCUACUGACCUUCGGGGCUCUUGGACCUUUCUACACCAGAAAAUGUGUUCUUUAAAAUCCUGUCCACUCUCAGUCUCAGCUUCUGGUCUUGCCUUCUUUCAGAUGUGCCCUUUCAUACCCUUUCUUUCUGGAGUCUUGAUACCUUUUAAGACCCAUCUACCAUCUAGUUUAGAAACAGUCCUUUGAGACAUCACUCUUCUCUUUCUCUUUGGCAAUCACUCGUAGCCAAGUAAGAUUGUCUUCCAUGAACACGGUUUUAACAAUGAGUCCUUAAGUUACUGUGGAGGCCAAUUUUGGAUCCACACGUCCUUCUACAGUGGGGACACUGGUUUCCAGGCAGGAGUUGAUCACGGUGUGGAUUUGCCAAGCGUGCCUUCCUCUUAGCACAUUUCUCCUUUGCAUCCUGAGAUCGAAUGUCUUCUAAGCCCAUGACACCUUUGGUAAAGGCUGUUCUCCAACUAGAGCGCUCGCAGGCCAGUGUUUCCCAGUUGUCAGUGUUUAUACUACAUUUUUAAGAUUUGCCUUGAGACCGUCUUUAAACCUCUUUUGUUGACCACCAACAUUGCGCUUUCCAUUUUAAAGUUCGGAAUAGAGUAGUUGCUUUGGAAGAGAACUCAUUUGAUACUACUGGUACUGCAGGACUUCUUACCUUUUCAGAAAAUGUUUUAGCUAAUUAGUGUGCUCUCUGGACAAGUUAAAGGUCUUAGAUUUAAACACUUAAAUUGUGUUAAGUUCUGUAGCUUGAGGAAUGAUCGUUGUUAAGCACAACAGCAGUUGAAUAGGAGUACCCUGAGAGAGUCUGCCUCUUCUGAAAUGUAUAGCUGGAGAAAUCUUUCUGUAUACAGCUCUAUACAGAUACAGAGCAGCAGGAGCCCAGUGUAAUGUGAUUCCUCUGACCCCAAAAGGCGUAGCAGGAAAUAGCGAGCAACAGCAGCAUUGCAGAGCAUUUGGCAAUAGAUGAGUAUCUGGUGUCGGUUCAGAAAAUCUUGGGCAAUGUUACCAUGGAGAGCAGUUACCAUUAGGGGUUCUGAGAGCUUCUGGCAAAGUAGCUAAGAAUGGGUCCCUCAAAGCACCAAAUGGAAAAGUGUGGUUCUAGAACAAUAGGAGUCCAAAUAAUCUAAAAAAGGAUUGUAGGAGAAGGUGCACAGUGACAAUAGGAUGCGGAAUGUGUUAGGCAGAGUUGAAGAAAAGAUCUUUGAUUUCUAGUUGAAUUUGCUACCACUUCAAUCAAGAUGCCACCAGCAAUUGGAGGCCCCGUGGGAUACACGCCACCAGAAGGAGGGUGGGGCUGGGCAGUAGUUGUUGGUGCCUUUAUCUCUAUAGGCUUUUCCUAUGCAUUCCCAAAAUCCAUCACGGUAUUCUUUAAAGAGAUAGAAAUCAUCUUCGAAGCAUCUAGCAGCAAAGUGUCCUGGAUUUCUUCCAUUAUGUUGGCGGUUAUGUAUGCAGGAGGUCCCAUCAGCAGUAUCCUGGUGAACAAGUAUGGCAGCCGGCCAGUCAUGAUGGCAGGCGGCUGCCUUUCAGGGUGUGGCUUGAUUGCUGCCUCUUUCUGUAAUACAGUGGAAGAGCUUUACUUUUGUGUUGGGGUUGUAGGAGGCCUUGGACUUGCAUUUAAUUUAAACCCAGCCCUGACCAUGAUUGGCAAGUACUUCUACAAGAAGCGCCCAUUGGCUAAUGGACUGGCUAUGGCAGGCAGUCCUGUGUUCUUGUCUACGCUGGCUCCCAUGAACCAGUAUUUCUAUAGCAUUUUUGGAUGGAGAGGAAGCUUCUUAAUCCUCGGCGGCCUCUUGCUGAACUGUUGUGUUGCUGGGUCUCUGAUGAGACCGAUAGGUCCCAAGCCGGAGCCGCCAAAGAAAGAAGUUAAGGAAGUGUUGCAGGAGGCUGGCAAAGCAGGGGCAAAAGAAGAUGGAGCAGGAGAUGUCAGCGCAGACCUUAUUGCUGGGAAGUCUAAAAAGCAGAAAAGCACAGUUUUGGCAACUGUUAACAAGUUUUUGGAUUUGUCUCUCUUCACGCAUCGUGGCUUCUUGCUCUACCUGUUUGGCAACGUGGUUAUGUUUUUUGGACUCUUUACUCCAUUAGUCUUUCUCAGUAAUUAUGGGAAGAGUAUGCAUUUCUCUAAAGAAUCUUCUGCCUUUUUGCUCUCCAUUCUAGCCUUUGUAGAUAUGGUUGCCAGGCCAUCCAUGGGGUUGGUAGCAAACACCAAGUGGGUGAGGCCCAGAAUCCAGUACUUCUUUGCUGUGUCUGUAGUUUAUAAUGGAGUGUGCCACCUUUUGGCCCCUAUAUCCACCACCUAUGCCGGCUUUUGCAUCUAUGCUGGGUUUUUCGGAUUCGCCUUUGGCUGGCUCAGCUCUGUCUUGUUUGAAACACUGAUGGAUCUAGUUGGAGCUCAACGGUUCUCCAGUGCUGUUGGUUUGGUGACUAUUGUGGAAUGCUGCCCUGUUCUUUUGGGACCCCCUCUCCUAGGUAGACUCAAUGAUAUGUAUGGUGACUACAAAUACACCUAUAUGGCGUGUGGCAUCAUCUUGAUUGUCUCUGGGAUCUUCCUGUUUAUUGGAAUGGGCAUCAAUUACCGUAUGCUGGCAAAAGAGCAGAAGGCUGAGGACAAGCAGAGGGCUGAAGCGAAAGAAGAAGAAACCAACAUUGAUGAGGCUGAAAAGCAAAAAGAACCCAGUAAUGAUGUGGCCAGUCUGCCCCAGAAAAGCACAGAAGAUAGUGUGAAAGAGGAGGAUAGCCACAUGUGAGAGAGACUGGUAUCUUAAAUCCAGGAGGGCGUGAUGAAAGAUUAUCAAUAUGAUACGUUGUGCUUGGGUGUGGGGAGCACUGUUGGUAGUGAACAGUGGGGAGAAGUUUAUAAAUCAGGUGAUUUUUUUUUAAAAAAGCUGCAAAUUGUCUUUUUAUCAGCAUUUGACAGUAGCAGAGCUCAAUGGGCAGUGCCAUCUUUUUAUUGGGUAUUGGGUGGGGAGGGAGGGAAAUUUUUAUACUCUGGCUUUUUUAACAGUAAUGUGAAUGUACUAAUAUGUGCCUUAGAGCUUCCACAUUUAGGCUGUUCUGGAAAAGCCUUACCUUAGUUCUACAAACUGUUCCACUUAGAAUUUUGUAGUCUGCUUAGGUUAUAUCUGUAAAGGAUAUCUUGACUACUUUUUAUGCAGUAGGUUUCAAGGUUGGGUGUUAAAUAAACACGACUUCACGUGCUUCUAAAUAUUGUUACGGCCAGACUUGGUAGAAGUACAAAUAGCUUUGGAGCAUAGGUGAUGAAAAGGUUGGUGGAGUUUUAAUCAAUAUUAUUGCAGUCCUGAUGUUUCUAGAUUCCAGGUAUAUGCCAGCUUGAUUGUGUUUCUAACAUUUCAUCAUUGUGGGUUUUUGUUUAGUUAAAGUCCCUUCCUGGUUAAAUGUGAGUUCUCGCCAUUUGAAUAAAAUAUGCAAAGAGACAUUUCCAUUGUCUUUCACUUGACUUAUUAUGGAGUCAAGCCUACUUUUUCAUCACCAUUACUUUACUUACUGGUUGUCAUCAGACUAGAAUGUCUGUCUUGAGAAAACAUUUUGAAAUGAAACGGGUAUCUUUGCAAGUGGUUGAGUUGGUUACUUUGUGCGUGCCUUGUGCAUUGAGAGAACCCUCAUUUAUACCAUUUUUCUAUACCCAUUUGACUCAUUCAGUGUCUGAGCUUAGCUUUGGAAUAGGAAAGACUAAGGGUGUCACCCUAAGCACAGCUGCUUGCUUACUAACCUCACCAUUUCCAAAGGGAUGCAUUUUCAUUCUCAUGUUCCUCUUUAAGUAGUGGCUGGGUGGCGAUGAAAUCUGGUAUCCCGUUUUGUGGAGAGUAAUGCUCAGAGAACAGUGUCUCAGCACUAGCUAAACCGUUGAGUAGAUACUUCUUUCUAACCUGUGCUAAGGAUAGAUUGGUGGAAAAGCUGGACAGAUACAUUACUUUUUCUUAGUUCCUUGUGCUUUCUGAUGUGGCAACUUACCCCAAAUGGGCAAAGAAUUUGAAAUGAGAUGUAGCUGCUCAACUGCAAGACACUUUAUAUGGUAAUAUAUGGGAGAAUCCUUUGUAUAUAUUUAUUCAUUUUUAUUAGUGAGAGUGAAAACCACACUUGGGAGGAUAGCAGAGCCUCUUGCUAGUCAUAAAUCCUACUAAAAAUUAACAAAUAAUCCUGUAAGACAUUUACUUUUUCAAAUACUUGCAUCAUCUCAUUCACCCACCAAAUGCUGGUAGUUUUUCCUGCUACUUUCAACAAUUUUUCAUAGCCACAUUCCAAAGUGCACAAGUAUAUUGACAUGUAUCUUGUGAGUCAUCUAGUUAGAAGAUAGAGGCAAAUGAUCUCUGUGGGUUGCAAAGUUCAGUUCCAAUAACUGAGCCCACAUAGUUCAAUGGGACUCACUCACAGAUUAGUGUAUAUAUAGAAUUUCAGUCUAAGACAUGCUGUUGUGAGUCAUCCAAUCUUGUGAAAACCUGUAGAAUAGUAUAAGUAACAGAAGCACAAUUUUCUUGGAAUGUACCUGGCGCUUGUGUGUGUGAACAGUGUGCGUUUCAGUGUGUGACUGCCGAAGUGAACAUUAGCACCUUGCUUUAUGCUUAAAAUUUAGACACCCUUAGGCCAGAAAGAUAGGUGGGGAACACUGAAAACAGCAAUGUCUCCUCUGGUAAUGUCUAGUAAUACAAAAUGCAUUGCAUGUGCCUUGGGCUCCUUCUUAGUCCCACACUACUCAGUUUCAUUGGUUGCUGCUUGCAAUGGCCAGGAAGCCCUUAGCAUAAUGACCUUGUUGUAUGUUUUGUACUAUUAGAGAGGAAGAGAAGAUGCUCUUUGUUUUUGGUGGGAGACGCAAAUAUUCUGUUCAUAAUAUUGUGAUACUGCAGUAAAUAGAUACGUUUUUCAGCAUGUUCUGGGAAUCUGAACCCAGCUUAAUAUGAACCAAAUUCCAGCUCUACAAUUCUAUGAUUCUGUGAUUUUGUGCAGUGUUUGCUUUUUGUUUUCCUGCAAACUAGUGUUCCAUUCCAAACAGAUGGUGUUUAAGUAUUAAUGGGUGUUCUUAGUGUUCUCAAAUUUUUGGCCAGAUACAUUGAAAUUCUGUUGGGUUUUUCCCUUCUAGUGUAGUGUAUUUUGAUGAUCAUCUGCACAGGAACUUCCUGUGCCUUUGAUUUAGCAGUUUCGUGAUAAGCCACAAGCACAGGAGGUUCCUCUGCAGGGACUGCUUUGUGCGACCUAAAAGCAGGUUUGCUGUGGGGCACAUCAGUUUCUCCCUCCAACAUUUCUACUUACAGCUGCAGACUUCAUAUUUAGAGCUUUUAUAUUGUGAUUGGCCUCAAGUUGUAACAAGGAGGACCCUCCAGAUCCCUUUGGAUGAAUAGCACACAUUUGUGUGGCUUGUUUUGUGAAGAUUUAAUAACAGCAACUAUCCCUGUAAUGUGUAAUAUGUGAUGUUAUGAGUUUGUCCUUUGACAGGUAGGCAGAUUGUAGGAAAAUAUACCACUACUGUACAAGCUUUCAGCACCAGAAUGUUUGCUAAUUUGAGUGGUGAAAUGAAUUAUGAUUAGUAACACUUAGCAAUAAUUUGUCAGUCCCCACAAAAAGUCCAUGCAUGCACAUCCUUAAAGGCUAAAUAUAGCACGAUGUUCUGGCAGGGGUGGCUAAUCUGUGCCCCCCCCAGAUGUUGAUGGACUCCAGCUCCCUUCAGUAUCUCCCAGCAUGGUGAAUGGUGAGGGAAGAUUGGAGGAGUUGUCCAAUAACAUCUGGGGGGCCAUAGAAUAGGCACCCCACUUCUAUUAGUUUCCCUUCACUUACUAAUACCAGCGUUUUUCAUUAAAGGGUAGGAAAUUGAUUAACAAGUUUUAAACCUUUGAUUCUCCUUCACUGUAUAUCCUACAUUUUUUUUAAAUCGAAGGUAAAUUACUUCUCUGUGAAACUCUUGCCUUGUCAAAGCUUAUACUGAAGAGAGAAUUCUUACCAAUUUGUUGGAAAGUCAAGUCUGCUUUCUUAGAAUGUUAUGCAAAUAGUAGUUCUAAUAACUGGCCCACACUUUUGGUUUAUGGAAAUAAAGCUGAACAAAUUGAUUUUGUGUUUUUCAUUUGCUCACCCCAAAUAUGUAGAUUCUGAUAAGUAACCUUGUUGGGUUUUGUUUUUCUGUUUUUUUAAAAAAAGUUUCUGGAACUCUCUUGCCAGUAUUACACAAUGCACUGUGAAAUCCUUUUCUGUUGUCUUGUUUGCUUAGGUUUCAGAUUUUUUUUUGUAAUUGCAUUCUGCUCUAAAAUUGUACAAAAAGGAACAGGUCAGGGUAUUUUCAUACUUUAGAAUAUGUUUGUUUAUAAAGCCAAUAGAGUAUUUUGUAUAAACAGAUUUUAUUGUACUGUUUUGAGCUGCGACAUAAAACCAAGUUAUGUUCAGAAGUUCCAUGUGUCAAGAAUUCAUAAUAACUGGUUCACAUUGCAAUAAACUAACAAUGAAAAAUUUCAGGUGUGAUCAAUGUUCUUUUUUAGUGCAAGGAGUCAUGACUACAGCAGUACAGAUGUAUUUGUUCUCAAUUAUUACGUUUACUGGACUUUCAUGCAAUAUGAUUUUCCCGUCUCCUCCUUUUCUUCUCCCACAGCUGUGCACAUACCCCCAAAUCUGCUCCAGAGGGUCUUCCAACACACUGCAGCAGAUUCUUAGUGGGAGCGUGCCACUGAGCUGAAGGGGAUAGCAUUAUGAUGUGGAAAUCCUGGUGCAUGAGUGGAUGUCUGUUGCACUCACAUACAUGCACCAGUGGUUGCAAACCAUUGCAACUAUAGCCAUCCUGGGAACAUGAUUGGAGAGUAGGGUAAAAAUGCCUGUAAUAAAAUGAAAAGAUAAAAUAAAUUCUCUAUUUUAGUGUAAGGAACACGCUGGCAAUCCCAAGCUAAUUUGUGUUGCUACUGUUUCUUUUGGCAUUUAGAAUCAAAUCAAAUAUGUUUAUUCGGCUGUACGCCCAUCAUAAAACACAACACAACAAAACAAAUCAAAUAAAAACCACAGACUCAUACAAACCACAGAUAAUAUAACAGAAUUCACAGCUCACGAGGACAAAUAUUAACAAUUCAAAAAACAUAUCUUGAAGGUUUAAGAUUAAGAUUAAAAAUUUAGGCGCCUAACUAAAAUCAAUAUCUGAUGUCAUUAAAAAAAAAAUUCUUAUAACUAUCAAUAAUCAGCUAACAUUCCAUUCCGUCUCUUGUACGAGAGGACGGCUGUUAGGAAUUUAGCAACCUGUAGAGUGAUAUAAGGGUCCACAUCUUGAAGAACCCAGGGCAUUUAGAAUGGCUCCCACUCUUCAUUCAUGAAACUGUAUUUUAAUUUAGCAAGGGUAGAGGUGGAUGUCUACUUUGUAGAGAAGCUCUUUUGGGACAUAAAGAACCCUGCUGGGUCACUCCAUAGGCAUCCUCUUUCCCACAACAGCCUAUGGGAAGCCCUCGAGCAGAACACAAGCUACUUCCUGUGGUUGUUCUCCAGUGCAUGCUAUUAAGAGGCCUUUGAUCCUAAAAAAAAAGAGGCCUUUGAUCCUGGAGGUAAUUAUACAGCCUUUCAACACCAAAGCCACCAGACCAGCUUUGUGAGAGCAAAUAUAGACCAGUGGGGAACGCUGGUUUUUGAGCUAAGCAAUGAUUUGGAGUGAAGCUUAGCUGUUGAUUCAUUUUGCCAAUCAUCCUGAGCAAACCAAUACCUGUUUUGUAAUACUGGGUUAAGAAUGGUCUGGACUGCAAAACUUUUAAGGAUCAGCAAAGAUUAUUGUAAAGCACAUUGUACAUAUAAAGUUCUAUGUCAGAGCCUGAUCUUGUGUUCUUCAGGGUAUAUAGAACAGGUGAAUCCUGCCAAUAUAGAGGACAUCUAGAUGAGUGGUUCCGGGUGCUGAAGAUAGGGCAGUCACCUUUUCUGAAUGUGGAUGUACUCCCCAGAGGCAUCAGAUAUGUAGCUUGGCAAUGCUCCUGUCUCCAUCUUUGUCACCAGAAGCCCAAGUACCUUCAGUGACAUGGAACACCCCUUCUGCCACACGUGGAGGCAGUAAUGCUUGUGAAUACCAUUUGCUGGAACCCACAGGGAGAGGCGAGUGCUCUUGUGCUUGGGUCC